AUGUCGCUGCUGCAGUCUGCGCUCGACUUCCUGGCGGGCCCGGGCUCCCUGGGCGGCGCGGCCGGCCGCGACCAGAGCGACUUCGUGGGGCAGACGGUGGAGCUGGGCGAGCUGCGGCUGCGGGUGCGGCGGGUCCUGGCCGAGGGAGGGUUUGCGUUCGUCUACGAAGCCCAGGAUCUGGGAAGUGGCAGAGAGUAUGCAUUAAAGAGGCUGCUGUCCAACGAGGAGGAGAAGAACAGAGCGAUCAUCCAGGAAGUGUGCUUCAUGAAAAAGCUUUCUGGCCACCCCAAUAUUGUCCAGUUUUGUUCUGCUGCGUCCAUAGGAAAGGAGGAGUCAGACACGGGGCAGGCGGAGUUCCUGCUGCUCACGGAGCUCUGCAGAGGGCAGCUGGUGGAGUUCCUGAAGAAAAGUGAAACCAGAGGGCCGCUGUCGUGUGACACCAUCCUGAAGAUCUUCUACCAGACGUGCAGAGCCGUGCAGCACAUGCACCGGCAGAGGCCGCCCAUCAUCCACAGGGACCUCAAGGUGGAGAACCUGUUGCUGAGUAACCAGGGGACCAUUAAGCUGUGUGAUUUCGGCAGCGCCACCACCAUAUCGCAUGUCCCCGACUACAGCUGGAGCGCCCAGCGGCGGGCCCUGGUGGAGGAGGAGAUCACCAGGAACACGACGCCCAUGUACAGGACGCCGGAGAUCGUGGACUUGUACUCGAACUUCCCGAUCGGCGAGAAGCAGGACAUCUGGGCCCUGGGCUGCAUCCUGUACCUGCUGUGCUUCGGGCAGCACCCUUUUGAAGACGGGGCGAAGCUGCGCAUCGUGAACGGGAAGUACUCCAUCCCCGCUGACGACACGCGGUGCUCCGUGUUCCACGGCCUCAUCCGUGCCAUGCUGAAAGUCGACCCAGAGGAGCGGCUGUCCAUCACAGAGCUGGUGAACCAGCUGCAGGAGAUCGCGGCUGCCAGGAAUGUGAACCCCAAAGCGCCCAUCACUGAGCUCCUGGAGCAGAAUGGAGGCUACGGGAACACCGCCCCGGCCCGAGGGCCACCUCCUGCUGGGGGGCCCAUGAGCAGCAGCUACGGCGGGGGCCUGGCCGUGGCCGAGUACGACCAGCCCUACAGUGGGCUCCUGGACAUCUUGCGGGGGGGCACCGGGCGCCUGCUCACCAACCUCAAGGACACCUCCUCCAAGGUCAUCCAGUCCGUCGCCAAUUACGCGAAGGGAGACCUGGACAUCUCUUACAUCACUUCCAGAAUCGCAGUGAUGUCGUUCCCAGCAGAAGGGGUGGAGUCCGCCAUCAAAAAUAACAUAGAGGAUGUGCGGUUAUUUCUGGACUCCAAGCACCCCGGACAUUAUGCAGUCUACAACCUGUCCUCGAGGACGUACCGGCCCUCGAAGUUCCACAACCGGGUGUCCGAGUGCGGGUGGGCGGCCCGGCGGGCCCCGAGCCUCCGCAGCCUGUACAGCGUCUGCAGGGACAUGCACUGGUGGCUGCGGCAGGACCAGAAGAAUGUCUGCGUGCUGCACUGCGUGGACGGGAGAGCCGCCUCGGCCGUGGCUGUCUGCUCCUUCCUGUGCUUCUGCCGGCUCUUCAGCACCGCGGAGGCUGCCGUGUACAUGUUCAGCAUGAAGCGCUGCCCGCCGGGCAUCUGGCCGUCCCAUAAAAGGUACAUUGAGUACAUGUGUGACAUGGUGGCGGAGGAGCCCAUCACGCCCCACAGCAAGCCGAUCCUGGUGCGGGCCGUCGUCAUGACGCCCGUGCCACUGUUCAACAAGCAGAGGAGUGGCUGCAGGCCCUUCUGUGAGGUCUACGUGGGGGACGAGCGCAUGGCCACCACGUCCCAGGAGUACGACAAGAUGAGGGAGUUUAAAAUCGAGGACGGCAAAGCGGUCAUUCCCCUGGGCACGACGGUCCAAGGGGACGUGCUCAUUGUGAUCUACCACGCGAGGUCCACGCUGGGAGGAAGACUGCAGGCCAAGAUGGCGUCCAUGAAGAUGUUCCAGGUCCAGUUCCACACGGGAUUCGUGCCUCGGAACGCGACCACUGUGAAGUUUGCGAAGUACGACCUGGACGCGUGCGACAUUCAGGAGAAGUACCCGGAUCUGUUCCAGGUGAACCUGGACGUGGAGGUGGAGCCCCGAGACAGGCCCAGCCGGGAGGCUCCGCCCUGGGAGAGCACAAGCAUGAGGGGGCUGAACCCCAAAAUCCUCUUUUCCAGUCGGGAGGAGCAGCAGGACAUCCUGUCUAAAUUUGGGAAGCCGGAGCUGCCCCGGCAGCCGGGCUCCACCGCACAGUACGGCGCCGAGACGGGCUCUCCGGACACGGAGCCCACGGAGUCCGAGUCCCCGCAGAGCAGCAGCACCGAGACCAACCACUUUCUCCACACGCUGGACUGGCACGAGGAGAGAGACUUGGAGGCGGGCGCAGAAAGCACCUUGGAGACUCCCCCCGCCCCGGCCGAGGACGCGGGCGAGAGCGAGCCAUCGGACGAGGACGCAGCAACGCUCUCUGCUGGGAGCAGGGACGUGGCCGACGAGGACUCGCCUGGCCUGGCAGCCAAGGCUCAAGAGCAAGAGUUGAUGCUUGAUGCAGACACGCGGGCCUCACCGCAGGAGCCUCGGCCACCAGAGGAGGGUGUCGACCUCCUGGGGCUGCACUCGGAAGCGGGGCCAGCACCCCCUGCACAGGCUCCCGGGGGCCCCCCCAGCAAUGCUGACCUGCUCAGCUGCCUCAUGGGGGCCCCUGAGGCUGCUCCUGAGGGUCCCCCAGGCGAUCUCCUCAGUGGGGAGACCCCCCUGCUCUUCACAAGCUCUGCCUCCACCACAAGGGGGCCCACGACGGCCGCCGACCCAUUUGACCCUCUCCUGCUAACAUCCGAUCCAGACGCUCAGCCCUGCUCCAGGCCUGACCUCUUUGGUGAAUUUCUUAACUCAGACUCUCUGGCGCCCCCGUCUGCAUCCUUCCCCUCCACCCACAGUGCCCCACCCCCUGCCUGCAGCCCCGCCUUCCGGCAACUGGGGGGUGCAUCAGAAGAGCCCAGCAAGAUGACUGCCUCAGCCAGCCAUCCGGACCUGCUGGGAGGAUGGGACACCUGGGCCGAGGCGCCGGCCCCCACACCGGCUGCAGAAGGCCCCUUUUCUUCUGGAAGCCAGCCAGGCCCUCCCAGCGCCCCAGGCAGCCGUGUCAAGUCCCAGACCCUGGACCCGUUUGCAGACCUGGGCGACCUCAGUUCCAGCCUCCAAGGCUCUCCCGGUGGAUUCGCUCCUGGAGGCUUUGGUCCCAAAGCUGCCCCUCCUCCCAAGGGCGCCAGCUCCUGGCAGACAAGUCGGCCCCCGGUCCAGGGUGCCCCAUGGGCCUCCCAAACCAAGCUGCCCCCCAAAACCUCUGCGCAGCCACGGCCUAACUACGCCACAAACUUCAGCGUGAUCGGCGGCCGAGAGGAGCGGGGUGUUCGUCUCCCCAGCUUUGGUCAAAAGCCGCGGGUGUCUGAGGACCACUUUGAGGACCUGCUGUCCAAGCAGGGCUUCUCCUCCAGGGCCGACAGGAAGGGGCCCAGGACCAUCGCCGAGAUGAGGAGACAGGGACAGGCGAGGGACACGGACCCGCUCAAGCUGAAGCUCCUGGACUGGACCGAGGGCAAGGAGAGGAACAUACGCGCCCUGCUGUCCACCCUGCACACCGUGCUGUGGGACGGCGAGAGCCGCUGGACGCCCGUGGGCAUGGCCGACCUGGUGACCCCCGAGCAGGUGAAGAAGCAGUAUCGCCGGGCCGUGCUGGUGGUCCACCCCGACAAGGCCGUGGGGCAGCCGUACGAGCAGCAGGCCAGGAUGAUCUUCAUGGAGCUGAGCGACGCCUGGUCCGAGUUUGAAAGCCAGGGUGCCCGGCCCCUCUUCUGAGCUCUCAAGGUCACAGCUGCACGUGGAACCAGGAGCUGCUGGGCUCGAGCAGGAGAGCCUCCUCCAUGGCCGUGGCCGUGACCGACGCGGCUGCACCCCAAUGGCCUGCCCUCCCCAGCGGACCAGAGCUGCCUGGCAAGAGGAGAGCAUCCCCGAGCCUCUUGGUUUUCGCUUUUCCUUUUCUUUUUCCCAAAGGAAAGUGUUGUCACAUUCCCCCCACAAUCGUCACGGUUUGUGAUUUGUUCUGUUCGAUGGCCGCCCCCCAAGAGCGCGCCCCCUCUUGGGGUGGAGUGCGCACCGUCCUCUCCUGACCCCUCAGACAUC